AUGUCUAGAAAAGUUGUUGUCACUGGUUUAUCAUGUAUCACCCCAUUAGGGAACUCUGUAAAAGAAUCGUGGUCAAAUCUGUUAAACUCUGUGUCUGGACUUGUACCCAUAGCCUCAUUACCGAAUUAUAAAACUUCCUAUCAACCAUUUCAAAAUUCUAUUCCUCCACAACUGCAUGUUGGUGCUAUAGAUAUCAACAAAUCAACUGAUUUCACAUAUCUAUCAAAGAACUUAUUUUCACCACAAGAUAAUAGAAGAAUGACCCCCCUAAUUAAAAACUCAAUUUUAUCCACACAUAUGGCGUUGCAAUCUGCUAAUCUAUUAUCAAACAUGAAUGUUGACCAAACCAAGAAUGAUUUAGAUAGAAUCUCUAUCACUAUAGGGAUGGGACUUCCGCCAGUAAACGAGAUUGUCCAGGAAACACUAUCUUUUUAUAAUAAGGGUAAAAAAAUAUCUCCAAUGAUUAUCCCACAGAUACUUCCCAGCAUGAUAGCAAGUGCCAUCUCCAUCAAAUACGGAAUUAGGGGUCCUACACAAGUUCUGUCCUCUGCUUGUUCUACUGGGAAUAAUGCUAUUAUAGAUGGUUUAAAUAUGAUUCAAAAUGAUCUUGUAGAUAUUGCAAUCGUAGGAGCUUCUGAGGCCUCCUUGCAUCCAUUAACGUUGGCCGGAUUCAACAAACUAAAAUCUUUGUCUAUUGAUGGUGUUUCAAGACCAUUUGAUACUAAAAGAGAUGGAUUUAUUAUGAGUGAAGGUUAUGGUACCAUAAUUUUGGAAGAUUAUGAACAUGCAAUGAGAAGAAAUGCUAAUAUUUGGGCUACGGUAGAGAAUUUUGGCAUUGCUAGUGAUGCACUACAUAUGACCAUGCCAAGACAGGAUUCACAGGGAGUGUUAAAAGCAAUGUAUUCUUGUUUACAAAGAUCAAAUGUGAAGAUUCAUGAAUUAGAUUUUAUUAAUGCACAUGCCACGUCCACACUUGUUGGUGACCAGGCAGAAUUAAAUGGAAUCAAUAAAUUAUUAGAACUGAAUAAAAUAGAUCGUGAACAUCCCCUAUAUAUAACAAGUAAUAAAGGUGCUAUGGGUCAUCUAUUAGGCGCAGCAGGGUUAGUUGAAUCAAUCUUCACUAUAUUGUCGCUAAGGGAGCGAGUUAUACCUCACACUUUAAAUUUGGUUGAACCAAUACCCUAUAGUGCCAAUGAUGAGAUACAUAACAAUAACAUACAAUUGGUUAAAGAUGAGCCAAUACAUCUACCAUCUUUAAAGUAUGGGCUUUGUAAUAGUUUUGGAUUUGGCGGUAUUAAUACAUCGAUAUUAUAUAGUAAUAUAUAA